ACUAUAAAAGCUGCACACUGAACUCUCAGCAGCAACAGUCUGCAACUGAAGCUGCUACAAUAAACUUACCAAACUACAAAAUGUUCAAAUUUAUUGCUAUUGUUGCUCUGCUGGUUGCCAGCGCCAGCGCUGGUUUGAUUGAAACCCACUCUGUGCUGCAUGAGCCUGUGCUGGCUAAAGUGGGCACCGUUGUGCACAGCGCUCCUUCGGCUGUCUCCCAUCAGAGCAUCACCCAGGUGCACAGCAAGCCCUACGUGCAACAUGUGGUUGCUCCUGUGCUGAAGACCACCAUCCACUCCGCUCCAGUUGUUGCUGUGCACUCCGCUCCUGUUCUGCAUCACGCUCCUGCUUAUGUUCAUGCCGCUCCAGUGCUCCCAGUGGCGCACUCUGCUCCUCUGGUCAAGUCUGUGCUGCACACAGCUCCUUUGGCUUAUACUCUGCAUCAUUAGUUUUUUUAUAAGCGCUUGUUUGUUUAAUGAAAUUGUCUAAAUAAAAAGUAUUA